AUGGCCAAAGCUUCUGGCUGGAAUGGAAAGGUCAGGAACGACUCUGGUCGAGGAGGCCGAGAUUCGAUGAUGACAUCAGACGCCUUGGAGGGCCCUCACGUGUGCCUCCGCAAGUACCUCCUCGACCACCAACACCACCGGAGCGCCGUGACCCCACAGGACGCUUGCCAAGACGUCAGCCACAACCAAGAGACGAUAGAGCCAACCAGACGCAACGUGAUCUACCUGCCCCAGCUCACCAAAGCGCCGUACAACAUGAGCGCCGUAUGCCACCGCCACGACCUCCUGUACAACAACAAGGACCAGCGCCUCCCCUACUUCAACAACGGCCGGGGGCGCAAGCGCCAAGACCCUCCACAACAACCUGGCGACCCGGAAGAGUCCCAAGAGACUGGCGGAGCAUCCUCUUCCACAGACCCCUUUGCGAUUGCCCCGGACGCGAAUCAACAGCAGAUCGUCACCAAUUUGGAAGCAUUGCUCCAUGCACUCCUGGAGAAGAGCUUUUUGCAGCCCAGAGAGAACGUCACGACCCUUGCGUACACAGCUUGCUCUCGGGUGCACAUGCUUCGACAAUCUCUUACUACGGGGACGCACUCUGGAAGCACCCUUCCGGAAACUACACAGGGGAUGCACCUCAACCCCCUUGCAGAUGCACAACUACUACUGCGACAGAUGCUCCAGAACUUUGACUCCAUGCCACUUCGAGAACAACGACGCACAUCUCACCGGGUACAAGACAUCAUGGACCAAGUGAAGCAGGUGCUGAGGAGCCCUGGGGAUGGACCCCAAGAGACGAACCAAGCCCAAGCACUGGCGGGACUGAAAAACGCGGCAGCCCAAGCCUCUUUCCUGGACCUCGCCAUCGAAGAGAGAGGCCUAGCUACGAUUCGGGAAGCCCUGGAAGCAUUGUUGGCAACAGUUGACCGAACGGCGAACUACCUCGACCAGCACCUCACCAUGGAGAACCACGACGCCCGCAUGCCGGAACGGGGCCCUGGAGUUCCACUUCACCACGAUCCAGCACGAGAGCGCCUACCAGAAACAGCACAGGGGGAGGUUGCGACCCAAGUGGCAAAGGCGCAUAGCCUCUUGUUCGCAUGGACAGCAGCACUAUGGGGCUCGCCGAUAUUCCUCGUGGACAAUGCAGCGGCAGAAAUCGCCGAGAUGCCCUUGGCGCAGGAGGCAGGGGACAUCCCCCUCGAGAAUGUGACAGACCCGCGCGAGCCCCGUCUCACAGGAGGAGAAGGAUGCAUGCUCACUUCUACGGGACCCCUGACGACCCGGACGGAGCCACUGACGACGAACAUGCUCGCGGAGGAGACGGACCACCGUGGUGACAUCACCUGA